AUGAGGAAGUUGGUGGUGGUGGUCGUGCUGCUGGUGCUGCUACUGGUGAUGAUGCAGCUGCUGCUGGUGAUGAUGCAGCUGCUGCUGGUGCUGCUGCUGGUGCUGGUGGUGAUGCAGCUGCUGCUGGUGAUGAUGCAGCUGCUGCUGGUGCUGGUGGUGAUGCAGCUGCUGCUGAUGAUGAUGCAGCUGCUGCUGAUGCUGGUGGUGAUGCAGCUGCUGCUGGUGAUGGUGUUGAGACCGGCCACCGUGCCGCCCCGUGGCUGA